AUGUCAACCUUAUCCAGACUGCCAACUGAUGUUCUGAGUGAUCCAUCUCAUAAAUUCGAAUCCAUGGAUGCUUCAUCAAAAUUGUGUGUUAAGAAGAAAGAAGAUUCACCAACUUUGGCUAGUAUCCGCCAUCGAAUUCAAUCAUUAGCUAAAUCAACAAAAAGACUAGGCGUUUACACUGUAUGCCAUAUGUCUGCCGUCGGAUUUGAAUAUACAGGUAAUGGAGAUACAGCUCGAUGCAAGGACUGUGGACUUGAGGUAUCUAACUGGAGAUCAGAUAUGAAUCCAUUUACUAUUCAUUCAAAACAGAGACCUGAUUGUCCAUUCAUCUGCACUAUAAUACCAUCUUCGUUGUCAAAUGUACCUGCCUCUUCCGUUUCGUCAACAACUACUGUUCGAAACACGUCGAUAUCAAAUGAACAAGGGAAUCCUUCUAAACGCCAAAGGAUCGAAACAACUGAUUCAGAAUCUGUCUCAAACAGUUUACUUGAAACAAGUUUACUUCAACAAGUGCGGAGACGUACAUUUUCUCACUGGCCACAUCGUACUAUUCCAUCAAGUGCACAAAUGAUGGAAGCUGGAUUUUUUAAUUGCAAUGUUGGUGAUCGAGUAAUAUGUAUUUAUUGUAAUCUUAUUUGUCAACAAUGGACACCACAUACAGAUGAUCCAUGUGAAGUACAUAAAACACUUUCAUCUAAUUGUAUAUAUGUCAAAGCCAAAUUGAUACGUCCUUCAGCUUCAUCUAUAAUAAUCGUCAAUGAAGGUACAACGAGUGCAAGCGGAGAUAAUCGUUUAUCAACAUGUCAUAAUCUCGGUCCCUUACGAUCUAAUGAUAUUGUAUUUACAGCUUCAUGUAAUCCAGCUUAUUCAGAAAUACCAAAACGUCAUGCAUCAUUUGCAACAUGGCCAACCGAAGAUUUACCAUCAGUAGAUGAUUUAGUUCGAGCAGGAUUUUUUUAUACAGGUACAAAAACUAUUGUUACUUGUUUUUAUUGUAAUGGAUCAUUACAAAAUUGGGGUCCAAAUGAUAAUCCAAUGAUUGAACAUGCACGUUGGUUUCCACAUUGUGCAUAUGCUCGACAAUUAUGUGGUGAUGAUUUAUAUCGAAAAAUUCAAGAAUCUAAACGAGCACAACAAGAACGUGCUCGUGCCAAUGAAUUAAAAGAAAGAACAGGUUCUGGUGAGGUGGUAACUACUAAUCCAACAUCCAAUAGUCGACUAUUAUUAAUACCCGAUGAAAGUACUUUAUCGAGACUUGUUGCUGCUCGAUUAGAUUUACCAAUAUCACAACGUUUAUUAGAUCAAAAUUUUAAAUUAUCAAUUAUUAAACGAUGUUGGGAAGAUCAAUUACGGAUAAAACACGAUGACUUUGUAUCUGAAUGCGAUUUGUAUAUCGCUUGUUUAAUUCUUCAAAAACAAAUUGAACAUAUUGAUGGUAAAAAAGAGAACAUUGUUAUACCAAGUAUAAAAAUGAAACAAAUUCGAGAACAAAAUGCACGAAUACAUGAACAGCCAACAACAAUAUCUAAUACAGCUCAAUUAGUACCAAAUUCAUCAGAUGUUGAAAUGACAACAUCAUCUCAAUCAUUAACAAACGAAUCGACAUCUUCUCAAUCGUCAAUUGAUUCAACAUCAAAAUCAACAACCAGUGGUAAUGAACGUGAAACAAAAACAACUAAACAAACAAGUACUGUCAAUGAUCAAAACCAAUCAACUAAUGCAACACCAUCCAAUCCAUGUGUUCUUUGUUUGACAGAAGAAAAGCGAUUAGCUUGUAUACCAUGUGGGCACAUGGCAACAUGUGUCGCAUGUGGUCAUUCAUUACGAUCAUGUCCAAUAUGCAGAAGAGAAAUCGAAGCAUUCGAAUUAUUCAGUUUGGCUGAAAUGUUUGGUUUUCGUGAGAGUAUGACAAUUGAAAGAAAACCAGAUCAGGAUCCAUUUUUAUUAUGUACAUUUUCCAAUAUCGAUCAUCUCAAACUAUAUUCAUCACGAUCGGUUUUGUUAAAAUCUGCUUAUGAAUAUUGGACACAUGGAUCAUCAUUGAUAGAUGUUGUUGAUAAAUUAACUGUACAUUCCAAUUGGGUAAAU